CAUUUCAAGCAUUUGCCCGAGUAUUCGUUGGCGAUAUGUAGAGAGUGCAGGCACGGUGUUUUACCCAGCCAGGUGCCACAUCAUUUACAGCGGCAUCACCGGGUUCACCGUAAGGAAGCCGACUCCAUAGCGGAAGAGGUGGGUAGGUGGGCCGGCUUGAUCCAGUAUGCGAGCCAGCUCGAGGUGCCCUGUGAGGCCGUCGAUCCCACCGGCCAGUUACCUGUG